AUGGGUCGUUUAUGCUUGAAAAACUCAAGUAACCUGCUCCUGGGAACUAAUCCACUGACUUUCAAAGUUCUUCGACCGAUGAUAAAUUAUGAUUCCAGACCAAUUAGGAUAUUAAUACCAAUGUCAAAUAUCGUGGCAUUGGUAGGAGAUCCAACCUACCUUCCUUGUGACAUAUCAACCACCCACGAAGGAGACUCUGUACAUCUUGUACUUUGGUACCGUGAGGAUCUUGGCACGUCAGUUUACAGUAUCGAUGCAAGGGAACGUGGGUUUGGAUUCGCCGAAAGGUGGUCGGAUGAUUCGGUGUUCUCGAAUCGAGCAUAUUUCAUGCCAGAUAAGAAGCCCGCUGAAUUAGGGGUUGAUCACAUCAGGGAGGAGGAUGCUGGCAUCUACAGGUGUCGUGUCGACUUUCAAAUUGGUCAAACGCGCAACUCUAAAGUCAAUUUAACGGUUAUAGUUCCGCCCCAUAGAAUUGUGAUAUUGGAUGAAAAUGGUGUUACAAGAAAUUCCAAAGUGGGACCUUAUACUGAAGGUGAUACGCUCAAGCUUUCCUGCGACGUUUAUGGUGGUAAACCAGCGCCUACAGUGACGUGGUAUCGUAAUGACAAUUACAUAAAUAACCAAACUGUCACAGUGCACAGCCGUGACGGAGUGAUACGCAGUGACAUCGAGAUAAAAAAUUUGGGGCGUGCUGAUGUGCGUACAGAACUGACCUGCAACGCAACGAAUAACAAUAGGUCACUCCCUCUAUCCUCCUCUGUUCGCGUGGAUAUGAAUUUCAGCCCUUUGGAAGUAAGCAUCGUCGGCGCUAACCAACCCCUAUCAUCCGGCAAGAAGUACGAAUUGGUUUGUCUGACUUCCGGAUCCCGACCAGCGGCCGUAGUCAGUUGGUGGAAAAAUGAAGAACGCUUACUCCACUCAAAAGAAACGACUUCCAGUGACGGUAACACAACUAAGAGCGUGUUGUCAUUUACGGCAACAAAAGAAGACGCUGGAAGACAUUUAUCUUGCCGUGCUGAAAAUUCAAUCAUGCCCUCCGGCCCGAUAGAAGACGUUUGGAUUCUAGAAAUACAAUACGUACCGGAGACUAUAAUAAGGCUUGGAACCUCCCUCAAUCCAGAUACUAUUCGAGAGGGGACAGACGUCUAUUUUGACUGUUUGAUUCGAGCUGAACCUACUGUUUAUAAAGUGGAGUGGAGGCAUCAGGGAAAGACCCUGCAUCACAAUAUUCCAUUGGGAAUUAUUAUAAGCAACCAAAGUCUCGUAUUGCAAGGCGUAGAGAGGAAAAGUGCUGGAAAUUACACCUGCGUUGGGUACAAUACGGAAGGCGAUGGCGAAAGUAAACCCUUCUAUUUGAACGUCAUGUUUGCACCAACUUGCAAGCCAAACCAGACAAAGAUACACGGAGUGGCUAAACAAGAAAAAGCAAAUAUAUCUUGUCAGGUGGACGCGAAUCCACCAAAAGUGGAAUUUCGGUGGACGUUCAACAACUCAGCAGAGAGUAUGGAUGUUGCCUCCGGACAUAUAGCCAGAGUUGGAACUUCGUCUAUUGUUUCCUAUACACCUAUGAAUGAACUAGAUUAUGGAACUCUCCUUUGCUGGGCUUCCAAUCAAAUUGGACACCAGCAAGUACCCUGUGUAUAUCACAUCAUUCCAGCCGGUCGACCGGACAUGGUCCACAAUUGCACAACUUCUAACACAUCGACAAAUGCCUUCACGGUGAAGUGUACUGAGGGUUUCAAUGGUGGUCUACCUCAAUCGUUCCUUCUUGAGGUGAGGGAAACUAAUAGCCAAGAAUUGAAAGCAAACCUAUCUUCUUCGGUGCCCCGAUUUAGUGUAACGAAUCUGGAUUCUGGGGCACUUUAUCAGGCCUGCGUAUUUGCAUACAAUGAUAAGGGUCGCAGUGAGCCUCUGGUUGUCCAGGCAGGAACCUUGAGGUUACCUGAAAAGCAGUUGACUUCGGAAGCAGAAAGACCAAAACAGCACGUAAAAUUGACACCUAUGUUGAGUAUCAUGAUAGGGGUGGUUGCAGCUCUCGUAAUCGUGGCUGUGAUCGUAAUGAUAGUCCUGAAACUUCAACAUUCACACGUGGAUGACCAAGGUAAACCCCAUGUGGAAGAUCACGACAAAGUCACCAAAACCAUUCCUAUUCAGCGAGAGCUUCGAUUCAGAGAAGGCAGUAAUGUGAUAACAGAUGAAAAAUAUCCCACUAGUCCCUUUAGGAAAUUAGAAAGUGGUGAUGUCAGCGAGAGUGAUGAGAAAAACCCUGACAUCAUUCCCCAACAAAUUAAUGGAGACGAGCCAUCAGAGUAUUUGCGAAAACGAAGGCUCAUCUCCACGAUAGAGACAUCCCCUGCGAGAAGCUUAACAGAGCACUCGAGUUCAUCUAUGAGUACUCAUGGAAAUUAUGUAGGAUACUGCACUAUUCGAAAUGGAUUGCCACUUCGUGAGCUUUCUAAUAUAUCAACGAAACAUAAAAGCUUUCAACCUAUGGUUAGUGAAGUCUACGAAAGUGGGAUGUGUACCUUGCCAAGGCAACACUGGCCCAAUCAAAGUGUUCAAUCCAUGACAAUGGGAAGAAUGAGCCCAUCAGUGCUAUACACUAGCAUGAACGUGGUGAAUCGGACUUGUCAAGGUAGUUUAAUUUUGACAAAGGAAGUCGAAGCCAGGAUCCAAGGCCAGUGCUGCAUCCAGUCCCAAAAGGACACAUCCUUAGGUACCCCAAUAGUAAUGACCAAAAGAGAAAGUUCAGUGUGA